AAUGUUAAACUGACUGACUAACCUAGAUUUGAAUUCGAAUAACGUCGUAUAUAAUUUCUAAAAGAAACUUUUCUUACAUUCUUUCAGUGAAAUGAUGGGGAUUUUUGGGAAAGCCGUUCUUGUAGGAUUUGUGGCAUAUCUGGUAUAUAUUUAUUUCCAACCAAAUUCUUCUAAAAUAGCAAACGGUAUAAAUGAUGAAUACGAUUACGUUAUAGUUGGGGCGGGAUCCGCCGGAGCGGUAUUAGCAUCACGAUUGUCAGAGGACCCCAAUAUAAGUGUUCUUCUUUUAGAAGCUGGCGGCGAAGAGACAGACAACCCCUUGUUUUCUAUCCCUGUUGCAGCCCCAAAACUGUGGCAAACUGAAUGGGACUGGGAAUAUUACACUGUUCCCCAGAAAGCAACCGGGCUCGCAAGUGGUAAACAUCCGGGUAUGCAUUUCUGGCCCGUUGGAAAGGUUCUUGGAGGUACUAGUACGAUAAAUAUGAUGAACUAUGUACGUGGAAGUAGAUAUGACUAUGAUGGAUGGGCCAAGGAAGGAUGUGAAGGUUGGGCCUAUGAUGACGUAUUACCUUACUUUUUAAAGUCAGAGGAUAUGCUUGACGAUGAACUAAAAGAUUCAAAAUACCAUCAUACCGGUGGACCAUUAGGAGUAACAUUGGAUGACUAUGUGCCAUUAACAAAAACCUUUGUGGAGGCGGGAAAGGAACUCGGAUAUGAAGAGGUGGAUUAUAAUGGGGUAAACCAGCUAGGUUUUAGUAUAUCACAAGUAAAUGUAAGAGGAGGAAUACGAGCGAGCACUGUUCGAGAAUUUUUAAGACCCGCUAUGUCACGAGAAAAUUUGCAUGUUGUCAUUCGAGCACACGUAUCUAAAGUUAACAUUCAAAACAAUACCGCUGUAGGCGUUUUCUUCAUUAGAAAUGGUGUCAAGAGGAUGGUUAAAGCAAAUCAAGAAGUUAUUCUGUCCGCUGGAACGAUUGGAUCAUCUCAAAUAUUGAUGCUGUCUGGAAUUGGGCCAAAAGAACAUCUUGAAAGUUUGAAGAUACCUGUCAAAGCAGAUCUGCCUGUCGGAGAAAACCUUCAAGAUCAUAUGUACAGUGUGUUACGAAGUGAUAUAAAUACGACAGAUAGCAUAACAAAAGAUAAAGCGGAGUCGAUUUCAAGCAUUGCUAGUUAUGCUCUCUCAAAAACAGGUUUCUUGACAUCAACAUCUUUAACAGGAGUUGCUUUUACUAAAUCAAAGUACUGCAAAACAGAUUAUCCAGACAUCCAGAUCCAUUUCUACGCUCAACAACCGCCAGCAUAUGAAAGUAAAUACGACGAUAGUUUUGCAAAUGAUCUACUUCAUAGCGACUGGAAAGAAGGGUUCCUUAUAUUGCCAAUAAUCUUACAUCAAAAGAGCCGCGGGAAAAUUACAUUGAAAAGUACCGAUCCUUUUGACUAUCCCAAUAUUGAUCCAAAUUAUCUCGCCGAAAAGGAAGACGUGGACGUUUUUGUUGAAGCUUUAAAGCUUGGAAUGCAGAUUAUUGAAACCGACGCUUUCAAGAAAAUUGGAGCGGAUAAAAAUCAUAUGAGAAUUGAAACCUGUAAAGAACAUGAGUUCAUGUCGUACAAAUUUUACGAAUGUUUAAUACGUCAUUUUGCUGUGACCGUUUAUCAUCCGACGUCAACAUGUAAAAUGGGGUCAUAUAACGACGCGAAUUCUGUAGUUGAUCCUGAAUUGAAGGUCAAAAGUAUUAACGGUUUACGUGUGGUUGAUGCAUCGAUAAUGCCGACUAUUGUAUCGGGAAAUACAAAUGCCCCUGUUAUUAUGAUAGCCGAAAGAGCUGCAGAUCUCAUCCUAAAAAGGGACACGGUCAGUCGCAUAAAAGAACAAAUAAACAGCGCUAACUGAAAUGCGAGCAUAAUAUCAUAAAAAUUCAUUGCGCAUUCUGUAAUAUUUACCAACGCUCUUUUUUCAGAAUCGACAUAAGACUUCUUGCGUAUUAUGUCACCGUAUCAUGUAUCUGUUGAUAUUUCGAAAUUCUUAAUUUAACACGUUUUCCUUCUAAGAAACUAAACAGUCGGUGUUGAACAGUUGGCUUGUGACUCGAAGACUAUCCGUUCAUUCCUGCACGUGAAAGGACCCUGUGCUAUAUCUUGGUGUGAAACAAUGGACAAACUGUACAUAAGUUGUCACAACUAUAGGAGGAUAAUUAUAUUUAAGUUACCAAACUAUGAAUGAAUGCAAAGCCCAUACAGAGUAUUACAAGACGUAGCACUCAACUGGGGACCAAAUGCAAAGAAACAUUAGAUUUGAAUAUCUAACAAAGAUUAAGAUAAAUCAAUUAAGAUGGAAAAAACCUGCAAAGGAUAAAAUAAAAAUCAAAAAAAAAAAGAGAAAAAAAAGAGCCAUGUCAUGACAAAACCAACAUAGUGGGUUUGCGACGAGCAUGGAUCCAGACCAGCCUGCGCAUUCGCGCAGUCUGAUCAGGAUCCAUGCUGUUCGCUUAUAAACCCUAUUACACACGGGGGAGGAAGUGUUACACGAAGGAUGGAGUUCUUAUGAUAACUUGUUCAGGAGUUCUUGUGAUAACUGUCACGGAGUUCGUCGGAAAACAUCUGUAUAUACUACAAAAACACUCGUUAAAAAUGGUUAUUUUUAUCGUUCAAAAAUGAGUUUUAGGUGCUAGAUUAAACUUUAAUGAUUAAGCUUGUCUUACAUCUUGUAUUAUGUGUCAAAAACUAAUUCACAUGC